UUACACUCUGCCAUUCGUUCUGACAAUUUCUCAACCGUUCUAGCCGCCGAUGGGUCCCUGGACAACCCCUCCCGACAUAUCAGUAUAUACUCUGUAAUCAGCUAAUAGCCAAACACGGUAAUUCCCAAUACGGCAGUCAACACCCCGGCCGAACCGCAACAUUCCGCGAUAAGUGACGCCUUCACGCGCUUAUCCACCAACCGCAGCAAAACGCUACUUAGGAUUCACGCUCAUCUAAGACUAACUAGGCAGUCAGAAGUAGCCUUGGUCUAUCAGUUUCUGUGAUUGCCUAUCUGUUGCUUUCACAUCCAACUCACUUCAUUACACUCCUUAUCGCCACACAUGGGUAACGCGCCGGGAAGAGAGGAACGCGGGCCUCAGACGCUGCCGCGCGAGCGCUCGCAAUUCGGUGACAAGCUCACGGCGCACUUGAAGCGCAAGAAAAAGGAAGAGGAGCGCGAGAAGCUCCUCGAAACGAGAUACACAAACUUGGUUGUGCGGUACCAGGAGACGGUGGACGGUGGGUACUUGGCACCGUACGGAACCUACAAGGCGUUCCCAGACUACGACACGCUGGUGGUGAAGCUGUUGAUUACGGAACGGAAACUUGCGCCAUUCUACUCGCCACUCGAUGACUUUGACGAGACGUGGACGCAGGAAGAGUUGCUUGUAGUGCUAAUGAACAACUUGCGGUUGUUCCUGCCGAACCGAACGGCUGAGGAUGAGGAAAUUGACGACGCGGACGACCACAAACUCCACAAGUCGCAGACGUUGAUGAAGCGCCUUGAGCAGAAGCAGAAACUCAAGGCAUUGAUCGAGCGCACCAUUAAGCAGCAGAAGAAGGAGCAAUUGCGCUACAACCACGACAGGCAGCAGGCGUUUGUGUCGGAGAACGGCAGCACACGGUACCCCUCUAUCCCAUCCAACGACUUGCUCCUUGCCCUCUAUGGCAAUGCCAUCGAGUGCCCCAUCUGCUUCGUGUACUAUCCGCCCCACAUGAACUACAGCCGCUGCUGUGAGCAGCCGAUCUGUACCGAAUGCUUCGUGCACAUCCGCCGCAACGAGCCACAUCCACCGCACGACGUCCCCGAGGAGGAAGCCACCGACCCCGAGUCACUCAUUUCGCUGCCGGCAAACUGUCCAUUCUGCGCCAUGCCGGACUUCGGGGUCACCUACACCCCGCCGCUUCUCAUCUGCACGGGUAUCCAGGGCUCGUGUGCGCCCGCGGAAUUUAGCAUUUACACUCGCAACGACCUUGUGAUUGAGGAGGAGGAGGGUAGCUCCAAGCCCAAGACGCGUGCACGUGCCAUCUCCGCGGCAAUCUCACUUUCACAUUCCGGCAUGGGGUCGCCGCGCAACAGUGUGGAGGCUGGUCUCGCGCGCAGCAGUGUGGAUGCUGGUCUCGUGCGCCGGCUGAACGACGGGUCCGCCGCCUCCUCCAACACCAAUUUAGAAGCACCUAAGCGCCGUGGCUCGCUCGCGGCGUCGGCGCCAGGCGUCAUCACCACCGACGCGAUCCAGCCGGACUGGGAGACAAAGUUGAUGUCUGCGCGUGCGCGCAUCGCGCGCAGAAGCGCCGCCGCGACCGCGAUCCACGCGUCAUCGCUCAUCAUCCAGGGCGACGAAACAAGCGACAUCGACCGCCGGAGGCUCUUCCGUCGCACGGGAUCCGCCCAGGAGCAACUCGCUAUUGAAGAGCGCAUGAUUCAACAGGCCAUGAAGUUGAGCUUGCUCGAGGAGGAGCAAAGGCAGCACACGGAGCGCGCCAGACGGGGCGAGUAGAUUUCACCAUGCAUUAUGCUGGCUUUUGUACAAAUGUUUAAGUUGCUUUAAUAAAGAGUUUUGCUAGAAAUUCGGCCAAACAGCGAGAGUAAAUAUACGGUUAGUACUACUUGGGGAUAUUAACAAGCUUGAACCCGCAUGUCCAUAUUUGCUGAUCGGACAUAAACCUCGUGCCGAUGUUAUGUUCGGAUCUGGUACGGUCCGGAUAUAUUUAAUUUAGCUCUUUAAUCAGGCGUAGCCUUCUUUUUAAAAAAAAAUUGGUGUUUCUGUGUUCCGUUGGUUGUUUUCCUUGUAGAACCCUGGGUUCAAG